AUGGCACACCCCCAGCAGAACAAAGUGGAGAAGAGCCUAGCGCAGGAGGUGAUUAAAGUCUACACGAAGGAGAUCGACACCAUCAUCAAGACCACCCGAAGGAUGUACGGAAGGAGUCCUGACGUUGUCGGCGGACUAGGCGCCGGAACCCCUCGCUUCUUCGCAUACUGGCGGGAUGUCCUGUCGGCGGCGGCAACAGCGAUCGAGAUCGAGAUCAUCAAAGUGCCGGAGUACAGCAUCCGCAUGCCUUUUGAGAAGCUUCACAUAUACUUCUCUACCGCGUCGGCCUGCCACGAAGAUUGGGCAGACGACCCGUGCAUCUCGCUCGUGAUUCCCGAGGGUGUCCGCAAAGGCGACAUCAUCAGGACUGUUAUCAACUACCUGUACGGAGAAGACAUCACACCCAUAAUUCACACCUCUAGAGACGAGAAUGGGUUGACUUGGGGCAAGUACUUGGCCUACAACUGGGCUUGGAGAGUCGAGGAAAGCAGCGGCGUGCCCGUUUUCGACAUUUACUGCUGCACGCCGGAGGAAUUCACGCGGUACACUGGCUUUCUUAAGCCUCCGAGUCCGCAAAAGGAGAAGCAAGUGAAAUGA